AGGUUCAGAUAUCAACACUACGCGCCAGAGAUCGCACGGGAAAUAUUCUAACCGGUGGAAAAUUGUCACGGUUUUAUGUUACAUUUUUUUCCCCCUGCUGAGAUUGCAGACUUUAACAUACAUUUCCCCAAAAUACGAGUUAUUAGGCUGCAAAGAAAUGAAAGGGUUGCAAGUGCAUUGUCUUUACUUUCUUAUGUUAAAUGUAGUAUUUUAUGUGGCGUCUUUGGAAGAGGGUGACUCCAUUUCUACACUUGAUAAUUUCAUGGACAACUUCAAGGACUUGAUGCGAAACAACGAUGCCACCCCUCAUGCCUACGCCAAAUUCUCCCUCCGGAAGCCUUUGAUGCCGGAAGAUGACAUCUGCUAUAUCAUCCCCGGCAACCCGGAAUCUCUCAAAGAAUGCACUUUCAAUAGCACAUCCAAAACCUUCCUGGUGAUCCACGGCUGGACAGUGAGCGGCUUGUUUGAGAGCUGGGUGGCCAAGCUGGUUUCGGCGCUGUACAAAAGAGAGCAGGAAGCCAAUGUGAUCGUGGUGGACUGGCUGUACACAGCCCAGAACCACUAUCCAGUAGCUGCCCAGAACACCAAGAUGGUGGGACAAGAGAUUGCUCGCUUCAUUGACUGGCUGGAGGAGGCAACAAACAUCCCUCUUGAAAACCUCCAUCUCAUUGGCUACAGUCUGGGUGCUCAUGUUGCAGGAUUCGCUGGGAGCCACGCCUCCAAUAAAGUGGGCAGAAUAACUGGUCUUGACCCAGCUGGUCCAGACUUCGAGGGGGAGCACGCUCACCGCCGCCUGUCCCCAGAUGAUGCCCACUUUGUGGAUGUUCUCCACACGUUCACGCGGGGCUCUCUGGGCUUAAGCAUCGGCAUCCAGCAGCCUGUAGGCCAUGUGGACAUCUACCCCAAUGGAGGCAGCUACCAGCCAGGCUGCAAUCUGCAAAGCCCUCUGGAAACAAUAUCCAAACUUGGCCUCUUUGCUAUCAAUGAUGUUCCCAGGUGUUCCCACGAGCGCUCCAUCCACCUGUUCAUCGACUCCCUGGUCAACGAGCAGGAGGCCAGCAUGGCGUACCGCUGCGGGAGCAACGAUAUGUUCGACCGCGGAAUGUGCCUCCGCUGCCGCAAGAACCACUGUAACACCGUGGGCUACGAUAUCAGCAAGGUUCGCAAGACCCGUAGCGUCAAACUGUACACCAAGACCAGGGCCUCCAUGCCGUUCAGAGUCUAUCACUACCAGGUGAAGAUCCACUUCUUCAGCAAGGUGAACAGGUCUGAGAUGGAGCCUUCACUGACAGUCUCCCUGAUUGGAACCAAAGGAGAGGUUGAAGACCUCAAACUGACACUAAAGGAGAAGAUGACAUCCAAUAAGACCCAUUCCUUCCUGCUGGUAGCAGAGAAAGACAUUGGUGACCUCCUGAUGGUGAAGUUCAAGUGGGAGGAGUCUACUAGCUGGUCUCCCUCGUUCAUGCUCAACAUGGUGUCUUCCUGGUGGUCAGGUGACUCUGCGAAGUCUGAAGUGGAGGUCCACAAAAUACGCAUCAGAGUCGGAGAGACGCAAAAAAAGAUGGUAUUCUGCAUUAAAGAUCCUCAUGCUCUGAGCUUACAACAGGAAGUUACGUUUGUAAAAUGCAAAGACGAAUGGAGGAAAACUUCAAAAAGAGUGAACCUGGGGAAGCACUGAAUGUACGGAGCAACAGACUACUGUCCUCCUUCCUCAGCUCUUAGAGAAAUUAUUUAUACAGCUGUAAUUUAUUUUGUCUUUCAAACUAUACAAAGACAUUAUCACAUUGUGUCCAGAACUAGAACUGUGUGUUAUUUAAAAAUGUAUGUGAAGUAUUUUUUUGUAAGCACUGCUUUUGUGGUGCAUCAACUACGGUGUGGUGCUGAAAGAUAGUAAAUGCCAUCAUCUUUGCUGAUUUUCUGGCAACCCCAAAGAGAUGGCUCUUAUACAAAGUCUUUGGUGCCUCUGAUUGAGAGAGACCCAUUGACCAGCUGAGUAGAGGCCUCGAGGUACCUGCAGUUCAAACCCCAUGUGUUUCCUUAAUUUAUGCUUAAAGCAUUCACCAUUGUCGUCCUCAAUACUAUGUGAUUGUAGGAUCGGACUAAGUGUGCCUUAAAAUAACUUGUCUUAACCUACUGUAUGUAUUUUUUGUUAUGGUGUACUUUAAUUUUAUUUUAUUUUUACCUCUAGUGAGUUGUUCCUUUUAUCUGGUCUUUGAGACAGUAAUAUUCAUGAGGUCUGAAAUGUACAUUAUUCUGAGAACUUUGAAUUUAGUCAAGCACUUGAGCAAUAAUGCAAUGGCUGCUAUUUUUAUACAGUAUAUUCAUUUGAAACCAGCAAUAGUGAGUCCUUUGCAGCAAAAUACGGUACAUAUCAGUGAGAACCAUUAUUUUUGUAGUUAUUACAAUGUUAUACAAUUAUAGCUUUUUUUUUCAUUUUUUUUUUUCAAUGAUUCAUAUGGAACUAUUACCUCUAGCACGUGCUUAUGUGACGUAUUUUGACUAGCAUAUCCAUGGUUGCUGCUAAACUAUGACACAUAUAAUACUCAUUUAGCUGUGUAUGCCAUAUAGUUGUGACCAGGUAACUAAACUCAAAGAAGUCAAUGAGUGGUUAUUGUGAAGUGCGCUGACAUCAGCAAUAGAAACAGGACAGCCUUCCUCGGUAGACUGUGCACAGUGGACUCUGCAUCAUAGUUCAAGUUACAGUUAAGAAUUGGCUAGUAAUAAUAUCUCAUUGUCAGACUAUAUUUUUUUAACACCACUGAGUAGGCUAUUUAUAAGUAAUAUUAUACAUUUAGAGACUGGUAUUGUAAUCAUUGUGACUUAUUUAAUUUCUGCCUGUUCCAUUGAGCCUGUAGUGGUGGUGGUGGUAUAAAGCUUUUGCACUGAAAACCAGAGGAAAGGGUUACUAAACCAGUUACUUACUAAGUGCACCAUGUGUAAAUAUCAUGUUAGCAUGUGAUUCUAUGGUAAAAUAUGACUAGAUAUAUUUUUUACCGUCUUAACUUUUUAAAUUAUAUCUGUAUACUGUAUAUACCUGUAAAUAUGUGACCAUAUACAUACUUUAAUAAAUUGGAACUGCUAUUUUUGAAG